AUGAUUAAGGAAGAUAUCCAAAAAGUUUAUGAUACAGUAGAUUGGAGGUUCCUGAAACAGAUGCUGGAGGAGCUGCACUUUCCUUCAAAGUUUACGAGAUGGGUGGUGGAAUGUGUGUCAACUGUUAAUUACUCCAUAGUAAUCAAUGGAGAACCAACCAAAUCAUUUGAUGCUGCAAGAGGGCUCAGAAAGUUUGGUAACUUCACAGAUGCUUCAGGUUUACAAGCUAACAUGUCAAAGAGUGCUAUAUAUUUUGGUGGAGUAUUUAGGGAUUCCACUUGCUACAAGAAAGCUGAAAAUGGUAGAAUGGAAACCAUUAAUAUCCAAGAUCACUGCAUCGGUGCUUCAUGGGUAGCGAAGAAGUUGUCAUAUGCUGGUCGAGUCCAGUUGGUGAAGACAGUUCUAUUUGGAGUUCAAUCCUAUUGGGUAGAGAUAUUCAUAAUUCCUGCCAAAGUGAUGAAGGCCAUACAAGCUUACUGCAGAAGUUAUAUUUGGUCAGGAGCAAAUGAAAUAACUAGAAAAGCAUUUGGUAUCUUGGAGCAGAAUGUAUGUGCCAAAGUCAGAUGGAUGACUUAA